AUGGGAAAGUCUAGAAAAAGAUCGAGAAGUCGGGAAAGAAAAAGAAGACAUUCUUCAUCUUCCGAAUCGAGUUCUCAAGAUGAAGGAGAUCGACAAUUAGAGGUUUGUUAGUUUAUUUUCUCAAAAUUCUGAAAUAAAGUUUUUUAGGAAAGGCUGAAAGAGGAAAGAAAACGAAAAAAGGAGCAGAAAAAAUUGGAUAAAGAACGAAUGAAACAAAACGAAACAGCUGAAGAAAAACGACAAAGAAGAAUGGAAAAACGAAAACUGAAAGAGGAAAAGCGAAAAGAUACUGGAAGUACAAGUGCGAUUCCAGCAGAACUCGCUUAUACAAAUCUAAACAAUCCGUUCAAUGACACCAAAUUGACCGACACAUUUGUUUGGGGCAAAAAAUUGGAGAGCGAAGGAAAAUCGAAUUUAUCGAUGAAACAAAUCCAGAAAGAAACUCAUAAACGGGUGCAGAAAAAUUUGCACGAAGCCGCGGAAUUCAAAAAAGUUCGCGAUGCAAAAAUGGCAGCGAAGGAGGAUAUGGAAAUGAUGAAACGAGAUGCUGAUUUGAAAACAUAUGGUGGAGGAGGAGGUGGAGAUUCGAAAGAAAGACAAUUCACUUUGGAUUUGGUUAAAGAGAGAACAAGAAUUCGAAUUGAGCAAGGAAGAGCAAAAGCUAUUGAUUUAUUGACUAGAUAUUCGAGAUAUAAUGAUCCAACUAAUUCAGAAAAAGAUGCCGAAUUUGAACUUGAAGAUCCGAUUCUUUAUAUCAAAUCAAAUUGUAAAACAAUCGAUGAUUUAGAAGAUCUUCUCGAAGAUAUCAAAGUAAGUUCGAGAGAUACCUGCCGAAAUUUACCCAACCUUUAAUUUUUUCAGACUUAUCGAGAGCUCGAAAGCAAUUUUGAAACCGAUAUCUUCUGGAAUGAUAUCCAAACGAUUGUUGGGGAAGAAAUAUCGAAAAAAGAAGCACAAAAUAAUGGAGAUGUUCAUGCAAGUGUUAA